AGCUCUUCGGCUUAAUCCGCGCACUCGUCCUUGAAGUCCGAAGCCGACGCCAUUGGCCCGAUUUCAGGAUGGGGGCCGUGUGCGGCGCGCCAGCCGUGGAUGCCAUGGAGGCAGCGGAUCCCGGAGCCGUGUCUGGCAUGCCCUUCCGGAGCGCGCUCUUGGACAACAUCAUGCUGCUGAGCGAUUCGUACAAGACCUCCCACUGGCGGCAGUACCCGCCCAACACCACGGAGGUCUACUCGUACUUCGAGUCGAGGGGCGGCAAGUUCGAUGAGAUCUGCUUCUUCGGACUGCAGUACUUCAUGAAGCGAUACCUCCAGGGUCAGGUGGUGACGGCGGAAAAGAUCAACGCCGCCGAGCGGAUUGUGAAUGCCCACAUGGGACUGGGAGAGAUGAAGCAUUUCAAUCGAGAAGGUUGGGAAUACAUUCUGCAGAAACAUGGCGGGAAGCUUCCCAUUGUCAUCAAGGCUGUUCCAGAGGGCAUGGUGGUGCCUGUGAAGAACGUGCUGAUGACGGUGGUGAACACUGAUCCCAAAUGCUUCUGGCUCACGAACUACCUGGAGACGCUGCUGGUUCAGGUUUGGUACCCCAUGACUGUGGCGACGCAGAGCCGGGCCCAGAAGAAGGUUAUCAUGGACGCGAUGAUGAAGACUGGCACGGACCUGAAAGCGAUGCCGAACAAGUUGCCGGCUCCCGCGAAGCUGAUCACCGUGGGCUUCCAGCUGAAUGACUUUGGGUGCAGAGGCGUCUCCUCCAUGGAGACCGCGUGCAUCGGCGGGGCGGCCCACUUGGUGAAUUUCUGCGGCAGCGACACGAUGCCAGGCUUGUGCAUGGCGGUGGACUACUACAACCUGCCCCUCGCAUCAGUCCAAGGCACCUCCGUGCCGGCGGCUGAGCACUCCACCAUCACCAGCUGGACCAAAGCAGGCGAGAAGGAUGCGUUCAAGAACAUGCUCACUCAGUACCCCGAGGGUAUCGUCGCUGUUGUCUCAGACUCUUAUGACAUCUACAACGCCUGCGACCAGCUGUGGGGGAACGAGUUGAAAGAUUUGAUCGCGUCCCGUGCGCCGCCGACUGGGCGACUCGUGGUUCGGCCAGACUCAGGCGAUCCCAAGACCAUCGUGGUGGACGUGCUUGAGCGGCUCGCCAAGCAUUUCCCCGUCACCACCAAUGCAGCGGGCUACAAGGUGCUGCCUCCGUACCUCCGGGUGAUCCAGGGAGAUGGCAUCUCCUAUGAGUCCUUGCAGGAGAUCUUGUCGAAUAUGGCGGCAAAGCAUUGGGCGGCCGAGAACGUCCUCUUCGGCUCAGGGGGGGCGCUGCUGCAGAAGAUGGACCGCGACACACAGAAGUGCGCCUUCAAGUGCUGUGAGGCGGUGGUGGAUGGCAAGCCACGGCCUGUCUUCAAGGAUCCCAUCACUGACCAAGGCAAGAAGUCCAAGCAGGGCCGCCUCAAGUUGGUGCGACGUGAGGGCAAGAUCACCACGCUGACUGAUGGCCAAGGGGAUGAGAAGGAGGAUUUGCUGGUGGAGGUCUUCAGGAAUGGGCAGAUCACCAAAACCUGGACCUUCGCGGACGUGCGCGCGCAGUCGGAGGUUGGACUGCCGGUGGCUAUUUUCGACGUGACCAGCGACUGACUGAUCGCACCCUGCGCUUUUCUUGCCCAUUGGGAUCUCUUGACUUGCUCUCCU